AUGGCCGGCAUCGACACCUUCAAUCACAUCGAUCCAGCCCUCCGAGGCUCCAACCUGAGCAGUCCUCCCAAACCUCGCGACACUCAGCAGCACUACCACAACGCUCCUCCUGGCGCCUUCUCUCCUCUGCAACCCUCCCUCCAACCCUCCCCCAAUAACUCGUACCAAUCCAUCCAGACGCCCAACUACUACCCCACCAAUUCGCACGCGCAGGAGAGCCCUGACGACCAAAGUCCGUCUGGCAAUCCCAACGAUCCCAAUGACAUAAAGAGACCACGCGCCUGUGAGGCAUGUCGACAACUCAAGGUGAAAUGCGAGCCCGACGACAGCCAUCCUACGGGGUCCUGCAAGAGAUGUGCAAAAGCCAACCGACAAUGUAUCGUCACAGCCCCUAGCCGGAAAAGGCAAAAGAAAACAGACAGCCGAGUCGCCGAGUUGGAAAAGAAAAUCGACGCCCUCACGGCGACUCUGGCCGCAAGAGGAGGAGCCGACCCUGAUCUCGCGGUUGACCCGGCCAUAUCGGUGCCACACCCUCCGCCUCAUGACGCCCGUGUGCAGGGAUACGGAGGUCAGUGGCAUCAACCUCCACCUCCACCACCGGGGAGCGCUCAGUCUCCGCAACAAGGCGUAAAGAGGAAGAUCGCAAACGACUACGACUACUUCGGUGGAGAGCUGCAUAAAUCUUCCAACCCGUCGUACAAGCCGUCCAUACCUCCUCCCCCUCCUCCUCCCAAUACCUAUCAGCCCGUGUUGGAACAUACGACAAAACCUGAAGAACCGACAACUGUGGAUCCCAUCGAACGCGGCCUCAUCGACAUAAACACGGCAAGGAAAUGCUUCGAUCGUUAUAUGGCAGAAAUGUGCGAGCAUCUGCCAAUAGUAGUUUUCCCACCCGGCACCCACGCCGAUGAAAUUCGCAAACACAAGCCCAUCUUAUUCCUUGCCGUGCUUGCGGUCGCUUCCGGUACCAUCCGACCCGACCUUCAACCUGGACUGAUCAUGGAAAUUACUAGGGUGUUGGCCGACAAAGUCAUCUUUCGGGGGGAGAAGUCGCUGGAGCUUGUCCAGACCAUACAAGUCACGACAUGUUUCUACCAGCCUCCGGAAAAAUACGAAGAGCUGAACUUUAACCAGCUGAUUCACAUUGCUGCCGUCAUGGCCCUAGACCUUGGGAUGGGCAAAAGAUCGAGACGAGGUGGAGGAAGCAUCUGGCGGCCAUAUCACGAAAACAAAAGACCUUUGUCAGAUCCCAACAGCGUGGAGGUGCGACGGUGCUGGUUGGGUUGCUAUUACAUGUGCUCCAAUUCAUCCAUGUCUCUCCGACGGCCCUUACUCAUCCGUUGGAGCCCCUACGCUGACGAGUGUGUUGACAUUCUCACUUCGUCUCCGGAUGCUCAUCCCUCUGACAAUUAUUUCUGCCAUCUCGUGCGUGGACAACAUAUAGCUGAAGACAUCGGCUUUGAGUUCUCCAUGGACGAUCCGGCUUCUCAGCUGUCAUUAACCGACCCCCAAACUCAAUACCACCUAAAGACAUUCGAGCGCCAACUUGUCGAGUGGCAACAUUCAGCCACCAAGGAAAUGGUCAAGAAGCCCAUCAUCCAACACACUGAAGGGAUUCUAAAUCUGUAUAUGCACGAAAUCGCCAUGCACCACAACCAUAACAUCGACGACUUCCGGCCUCCCUAUAUCUCUACUCCGAUCGAUGGGCCCCCGGACCCGGACAACGUUACGCCAGCUCAUAUAGAAGCCCUCACUACUUGUGUCGACUCUGCCCAUUCCGCGUUCGAUGCUUUCUUGAACAUGGACAUUACGGCACUGCGGGCACUGCCCACGCUUUUUUUUGUUAGGAACUCCUACGCUGCAGUUGCGUUGAUCAAGAUGUAUUCGGCCGUGUCUGCGAAGGGGUCCAAAUUCAACAUCAUCUUCAAAAACAAAGAUCUGAAAGUGGAAUACUAUCUCGACAGAAUGAUUGAGGCUCUCAGCAAGGCCUGUGAAGGAGGGAUGUCCCGCGUGGCUCACAAGUUCACACUAAUUUUUACUAUGCUUAAGAGCUGGCACAUGAAGAGAAUAGACUCGGUAAAUAAUGGAAGUGGACCAGUCUCAAGACAGCGGACGCCGGCGAAUGGUAAUGUCAACUCCAGGACCGGCAACAAUCUGACGCAGCCACAACAGCCACCAAACACGUACAAGGCUCUUCCGUUGCAACAGGACCCGGCCAACCUGGGAUGGAAUUCUCAACACCGCCCGUCUAUUGACGGGAAUGCUGCACAACCUCACCAACAACAGCAGCAACAAGCUCAGCCACGGAGCGGACUACAGAUGCUCUCCGAGGCAGCAAUGGGUCCUGCGCCCCGGCCUGGCCCAGUAAUGCCUCAACCUCAACCGACACCACAACAGCAAUGGUCCCAUACCAUCAUGAACAAUCCUGCUCAGUCCAACAUGUUACCUGGCAUCAAUCAAAUGUCUACUGGCUAUGAUCAACCGGCUCCCAUGAUGCCCUACAUGAUGCCUGGACCAGGAGGGGACAUGAUUCCUAUGGAUUUCACGAGUGAUGAACUUAUGGCGUUUGGAUUCGGGGACGAGUUCCUCGCAAUGAACUUUGGGUUCGAGACGAGUGGGUGGCCACUCUAA